CCCCCCCAAUAGGCAGACUGGUAGGGAGUGACCCAUAAAUAGUCCCCCCAGGCAGGAUUCCUUACUCCCUCCUUCUCCUCCUGCAGCACCCACCAGGCUGAGAAGCUGCUAAAAGCAUGACCCUGGGCAUCCUGUGGCUGGCUCUAACCCUACUCGGGGCCCUGCAGACUCAAGCGCAGGGGUCUGCUCCCAACCUGAUCCCUGCCCCAUCUCUGCUCAGGGUUCCCCUGCAGCCUAACUUCAACUUUGACCAGUUCCAGGGCAAGUGGUACGUUGUGGGCUUGGCAGGCAACGCAGUUCAGAAGGAAGAACAAGGCCGCUUUAAGAUGUACAGCACCAUCUACGAGCUGAAAAAAGACCACAGCUACAAUGUCACCUCCACCUUACUCAGGGACCAGCAUUGUGACCACUGGAUCCGGACUUUUGUCCCAAGUUCCAGCUCUGGCCAGUUCAGCCUGGGCAACAUUCACAGUUACCCUCAAGUCCAGCACUAUACUGUCAAAGUGGCAGCUACUAACUACAACCAGUUUGCCAUAGUGUUCUUCAAGAAGACUUCUGGAAACAAGGAGUACUUCAAGACCACUCUGUAUGGGAGAACCAAGGAACUUCCUCGUGAACUGAAGGAGCGUUUCGUCCGUUUCGCCAAGUCUCUGGGCCUCACAGAUGACCAUAUCAUCUUCUCUGAACCCAUCGAUCAAUGCAUCGAUGAGUGAACAGAACAAAGGAUGCUUCCUGUCUCUCCUCCUUUAUUUUGCCUGUUGCCUCUGCCUAGGGAGCCACUUGACUGCCCCCACCAGCAACGAUGCCAGUAAGAGCUGGAAGAUCCUUCCUAUGAGGUGGUGCUGCCAUCCCCUGGACCCAAGCUGCCUCGCUUAUGGAACCCUCUUGUCUGCUAAAUAAACACACACACCAGGUCCUUGA